AUGAUAGAUGUUGAUGCAACAUCUACCCAGCAAUUACCAUUUGCUGUGGGAUCAAGUAAGAACUUUCUAUGGUGCCCCACUAUGGAUCUGGUGUCUUUUCAAUUGAGCAAAAAUACGCUUUGGGUCUACAGAUUAGGAAACCAGCGAGUGUGGACAAUCGAAUUAGAUGAUGAUCAAGAGAUCGAAUGUCUUUGCUGGAGACCUGAUGGCAAGGUAUUUGCUAUAAUUUCCACUAAGGGACAGGCCAAUCUUUUUGACUCGAGCAGCGGUAAACUGAUGCUCAAAUUUCAGAUUGGGAGUUCGAUAGAGACUUGCGGCUGGUUCAAUAGGCUCAGCACGUUCGACACAGCUAGCAAAUACGAGCAGAUGUUCAACAUCAAUCUCACCAGCUCGCUUCCUAAACUCACAUCGUCACAUAGCUCAAAGAAACUGGUCAACGAUGAUCAAUUAAUAAAGUGUGAAGAUUCUUCUCUUGAUUUCCUCAUCAUUGGAUCUGAACAUGGCAUGGUCUCUCUGGUUCUCUAUGGCAUCUUUAUCAUUGAGAAUUUUCAGCUUCCGCAGCUACGGGAUUCAUACUCAACGUUUCUGGGCAUUUGCUCGUCCAAAAACCUCGUUUCGCAUUACAUUUUGACAGAAAAGGAAGAUGGCCUUUUCGUUAUCAAACUGACGACUUCAUUCGUGGAAAUAUACGGUAACUUACUUCCGCGUGUAUGUCUUGCUUGCUCCAAACUUGUGGGUUUACUCACAUAUGUCAAGGAAUUGAUUGAUGAUUUGGCUUCGGAAUGCAAGCCUUUUGAAGAUUACACAAUGCGCAUAGUCGAUCUCCUGAAAACUGAGAUUGAAUCUCAACCGGAAUCAAAGGGUACCACUGUCGACCCCGUAUACGAUCUUUAUGAUCUUCUUCUGACUGGAGUCAUGACCGAGCCGACAAGGGCCUGGAUUAGUGACUAUUUGGGAGACCGAGGACUAAAAAGGUGGACAAAACUAGGCAAACAAUAUUUUGAAAGCUCUAGAAGAAACCUUUUUUACAAUCUGAUUCCUGCGUUAGAGCACAUGCUUGUUUAUCUCACAGACUUACAUGGCCUUUCCAAUUGGAGAGAAAAUGAGGGCAAACUGGGCCUUCAGAGCCAGCUUUUAGAUACAGCUAUUGAGCUGACUUCAAGAUUACUCCGCCUGCUCUACCAGAAUAUGCUGAGGCUGAACGAGCAACAACAGUGUUUUGAAAGUUUUGUUCAAUGGCUCAACGCAAUUCUGGUCGAAAUUACAUCUGACGAAAAAACCCCUGACAUCAUCAAGACCAAAGACGUCAUCAGGUUUCUUACAACAGGCUUACAAAAAUCAGCUAAUGACGAAUCAUCCCAAGUAUUCUUUGAUCUAAAGCACACAUGUGAGCAAUUCUUUGAUGUAAUCAAAAGCAACAUGAAGACCAAAAUGGACUCCGUUAUGAUUAGAAGAAUCGGAGACAUUGGUUGCGUAAACGCAAAACUUUCAAUACAUAGCGAAGACGAGACCGAAUUCGGGCAUGUGAUAAUGCAGCAAGAAAAGCAACUUACAAUUGUGAAAUUUGAAUGCUCCACACUAGAUCACUCGAUUUACCCUUUGAAAUUCUCAGAUGUGCUUUCUGGCAAGACCGCAGAUAUACAGGGAGUGUUUUUGAACCCGAGUGAACUGGUCAUCUUAGUGGCGUUCAGGGAUGACAUGCCUAAAAGUGAUCUUUUGGUUAUAGAUACUGGUGACGUUAUGACUGGAGCUUCAACUGAGUUGUCUCACAAACAUAUAAAAAAGCACAACAAGUUUAGGGAGGGAUUUAUUCCGAAGUAUCUUGCUAUCAACCCAUUGCGCAGAAUCGCAUGCUUACUCGAUUCAAACAAAAGGAGCUACAUCGUCGUAGAAAUCUAA